UUAAUGACUGAUUACGAAUUCUAAGUGAUUGCUUGAUGAUGUUUGGUUAUUACAGAUUGUUAUGACGACACAGCUGUUUGAUACCGCAUCUGCCCUCAGAGAGGAAAAACUGCAACAUCCUACAAAUUGAUAUCAUAACAGAAAAGGAUCAACAAUAGAGAGUAAACUCUGGUUCUCCAGUACAUAACGGAAAGCUGGUGGGAAACUUGGAGAGAGGAAAGUGGAGAGGAGAAGCGGAGACAGAGCUCAGGUCGGCAGCUGUUGGUGCUUCGCCAUGCAACAUGAGUAACGACAGUAACGGAGUUGGGGGGCUUCAGCCUCCCUGGAACUUCAAUGGGUCAUCAGUCAUCCAAUCAGCUGACCUGUUCUCUAACACCUCCUGCAACAUUACCUCCAAUGAUUCAACAUUCUGCUCCUCUGUGGAUGAUGGAGCGGGGGCAGGAAGUCCAUAUAAAGCUCUGGAGAUGUUUUUUAUUGCCUUGGUGACAGGAUCCCUGAGCUUUGUGACUGUCACAGGAAACAUUUUAGUCAUGCUGUCCAUCAAAGUAAACCGCCACCUACAAACUGUCAAUAACUACUUCUUAUUUUCAUUAGCAUGCGCUGACUUGAUCAUUGGUGUUUUCAGCAUGAAUUUGUACACAGUCUACAUCAUUGUCGGCUACUGGCCACUUGGGCCGGUGGUCUGUGACUUGUGGUUAGCCUUAGAUUAUGUUGUCUCAAACGCCUCAGUGAUGAAUUUAUUGAUCAUCAGCUUCGAUCGCUAUUUCUGCGUGACCAAACCCCUUACAUAUCCGACAAGAAGGACAACCAAGAUGGCGGGGUUAAUGAUAGCCGCAGCAUGGAUCCUAUCGUUUAUCUUGUGGGCUCCUGCCAUCUUGUUCUGGCAGUUCAUCGUUGGACAGCGAACAGUGCCACCUGGAGAAUGUUAUAUUCAGUUCCUUUCAAACCCCGCUGUGACAUUUGGGACGGCUAUCGCAGCAUUCUAUCUUCCUGUCAUUAUUAUGACAGUCCUGUACAUCCACAUUUCCCUGGCCUCCAGGAGCCGGGUCUCCAAACACAAACCAGAGAAGAAAGAGAAGAAAGGAAUAAAAACUCCCAGCUUGAUGAAGAGUCACCUGUUAAAGCAGAACAACAACAAUGAGACCAGUCCUCAGGCCAGUCCCCGCUCCACUCCCAAACUCAGUCUGGACUCAACCACCACUGCGCUUGAGGCUGUGAAGAAUGGCAGAGUGGAGGAACCCAAACCUGUCCUGCCACAGAUUCAAGCACAGCCCAGUCCAGGACUCACACAGGAGGAAAAAGAGAGCUCCAAUGAUUCGUCCACAGCUUUUAUUCCCCCCACAGAGCCAAAGGACAACACCAACAACGAGGUGAUAUCUGAGGCAGCAACAAAUCCCAACCCAGUUGCCACGACAACGGUCAAUCCUGCAGCAUCAAAGAUGGGCUCAGCCUCGAGGUGGUCCAAGAUAAAGAUUGUAACGAAGCAGGCUGGGGAUGAAUGCAUCACAGCCAUAGAGAUAGUCCCCCCUGUAGAGGGAGCCGAGAGGCAUUCAAUACCAAUCAGCCGUCCUAGGACUGUGGCACGAAAGUUUGCAAGCAUCGCUCGGAGCCAAGUGAAGAGGAAAAGACAGAUGGCUGCCAGAGAAAAGAAAGUGACCAAGACCAUCUUUGCCAUCCUGCUGGCUUUCAUCAUCACAUGGACGCCGUAUAACGUCAUGGUGUUGAUCUCAACCUUCUGCCAAUCUUGUGUCCCCGACACUGUGUGGAUUAUUGGCUACUGGCUGUGUUAUGUCAACUCGACCAUCAACCCAGCUUGUUACGCACUGUGCAACGCCACAUUUAAAAAGACAUUCAAGAACCUGCUGCUGUGCCAGUAUAAAAAUAUAGGUACAAGAUGAGAUGGGAGGAGCAGACUGAGGGCGGGAUGGAUGGGGAAGGGGUAAACCACUGCAAGGACAGGGUCCAGAGGAAGGGAGAGGAAUGAUUGUCGGAAGGUGAGCGGGAGAGGGCUGAAGGAGCUGGAGAGGAGAAAUGGAUGACAGGACUUAGUUGAAGAGACACCUACAGGGGAUGAGCAUCGUCUGCAAAUGACUGCCAGUUAUCCCUACAGGUACAUACAGAUCCAGAGUGAAAUGUGAGUGUGAACAGUGAUUCUUUAAGCCGCCCACCUUCCCCCGAGAUCGAACUAAUCACCGUGCUUCUAUCUGAUAUGACGAAUGUGUUUCCAGUAUACACCACAGAAGUUCGGGAAUAGCUUCAACACCCAUUAAAAAUGAUGUGUCACUGCCAUGGUAAUUAAAACAGCCAAUGAGGCAGCCAUGGCAACAGCCAUAAUCACAGCUACAGUCUGCCACAAUCACAGCGAUGGCAGGAGCCAGUCAGAAUAGUUAGUGCAGAGAAUUAUGUUGAUCAGUUGGUUAUCGUCAAAUUAGCCACAAUGAUUCGGGCUUGCAGCUGAGCCAGCCACAGCUAAGGGCGUGCACAGUCACGCUCAAAUCUUGUCAGAGGAAGCAAUUACGAGUAAAACCCAACAAUAUUCAGACAGUUCUUACUCCCAACUCAAAUACUGCCGUUUUGUCUGAGGACCUCGGCAUCAGACAGACAGCAGAGGCACCCUUCAAGGCAUCAGAUGGCCUUACUAAAACCUUACUAAAAGUGUACGUCAUCCAAGAGAGACAGUAACAACUAAAGGAAUGGUUAAAGUUGCCAUACUGAAAUUUAAGGUGUGCUGAUGGAUUUACAUCAGAUCUGUGUGCUAGGUACCCCAACAGAGCAGGGACCAAAAAUGGGGACAGUCAGGAAAAGUUCCACUGGUGUUUCACAGUGGAAACAGAAAAAUGCGUAUUGUAUAGCAUGC